AUGGUUGAAAUGUCUAGUCCGGAUGAUAGCUCCAAAGCGAAGAAGGACUCUUCACGCUUAAAUGGCUUUCGAUUUGAUAAUAUAGUUCCAAAACGGGUCAAAGACACGCGAGAGAAUGCAGCUAAGGUACUAAGGAGGGAAUUCUCCGAUCUUGUAGUGUAUGACAAGACUUAUCCUGAAGGUGGAAAUAUUAAUGAGUGGAUUAAAAGCCUUCCAUCUCUAAGACAGCUACACGUGCCCCCCUUGAGAAUCCCCAUAAGCAGGAGACUACAGACGUUGGCGGUUGCAUGGCAUACUGGGUGUUUCCUUUAUCUAUUGACGGUAACGAUGUUCCUGCUUGCAAAUCCUCUUUUUUGGUGGUUUAUGGCACCAUACCUAGUGUACCAUCUGCUUGAUAGAACAGCUUCCAAUGGCGGAGUUACGAGGCGGUACUCUAACAUGUUCAGGUCGCUUAAAUUUUGGAAGCAUUUUUGCGAUUAUUUUCCUUUGAAGGUGCACAAGGUGGUUGACCUGCAGCCUACAUUCACCAGGCCGGAAAAUGGAACGGAAGCGCGUGAUAUCAAGCAAUAUACACUACGGCUAUGGCCUAGUACAUACGUUUUGAGGUUCAAUUUGAAGAAGGUUAACGAUUCAGCGCCAGUUGCUACGGGCCCUAGGUAUAUAUUUGGGUAUCAUCCACACGGAGUUGCUGCAUUAGGUGCGUUUGGUGCGAUGGCUACGGAAGGCAGUGGCUGGUCCAAGAAAUUUCCUGGGAUUCCGGUAUGUUUGUGCACUCUCAUUAACCAAUUUCAGAUUCCGCUGUAUAAGGAUUAUCUGCUAGCGUUAGGCUGCACAUCAGUGGGUAGGAAUAACGUGCUAAAGGUACUGGAGAACAACUAUUCAGUUUGCAUUGUGAUCGGCGGUGCACAGGAGUCACUGUUAAGUAAAGUAGGAAGCACGAAGUUGGUUAUUAAUAAGCGUAAAGGGUUUGUGAAGUUGGCCUUAGAGGCCGGAAAUGUGAAUUUGGUGCCAAUAUAUGGGUUUGGAGAAACCGAUUGCUUCAGAAUCCUUGAAAGCUCCAAAUAUAGCAUGCUACACAAAUUUCAACAGUGGGUGAAGAGGCAUUACGGCUUCACAAUCCCUUUCUUCUUUGCGCGUGGGGUAUUCAAUUAUGACUUUGGCUUUCUUCCUUUCAGGAACCCUAUCGACGUUGUUGUAGGAGAGCCAAUAUAUGUAGGACCUAGACGUGCAAAGCCGACUAGGGAAGAGGUCGAUCAUUAUCAUUCUUUAUAUAUGAAGGGAUUAAAGAAGGUAUUUGACGACCAUAAGGAGAAAUUCGGUUAUGGUGAUAAGGAAUUGGAAAUUGCCGAGUAA